AUGAUAAUGGAAGUUGCUGGCCCUACUAUGAGAAAGCCUAGUUUCAUUGACUUGGAACCACCAUCACCACCAACUGUAAAGUGCAGCAGAGUUUCCUCCGCUUGCCCUGUUUUCCGGCGGCGGCGGAACCAACCGGCCGCCCUUCAUCUUUCCCGCCAAAGGUGUCAUUAUAACUCCUCGUGCUCCCAGUCCAUGAACGGAUGCCAGCCGGAGCAAUUAUGGGACACCGCCGGCCGAGGAUUAGCCGCCGUUGAAACGGUGGAAACUCGGACUCUUCCGGCGGCCAUAACUCCUGCAUUGGCUCUGGACACCCUCAACUCCGCCAUUCACGACUUGGAAGCCAAUCCCCCAGCUUCGACUUCUUCUUCUGGGAUUAUACGGAUGCAGGUCCCAAUUACACAGCAAAUCGAAGCAAUCGAGUGGCUUUAUGCCCAGAACCACCUCCUCCCUCGCUGUUUCUUCUCUGGGAGAAGCCACAGCAAAGAUGACGAAACCACAAACCUUCUUCUCAAUGGAAAUGGGAACGGCCUUCAUGCUCCGGCGCAGCAAAAUCUGGUAAGUGUGGCCGGCGUGGGUUCUGCAGUACUCUUCACACAUUCCCACCCUUUCUCCUACAACCACUGGAAGUCCAUCAAAAGGUUCCUGUCACCCAAAUGCCCGCUGAUUCGAGCUUAUGGAGCUAUUCGAUUCGAUGCAAGAGCCAAUGUGUCCUCUGAAUGGGAGGCUUUUGGCUCAUUUUACUUCAUUAUUCCUCAGGUUGAGUUGGAUGAGCUUGAAGGAAGUUCAAUGCUUGCUGUUACAAUCGCUUGGGAUAAUGAUCUCUCCUGCACAUUCCCACAAGCCAUUCGCUCUCUUCAAACUACCAUGUCUCAGAUCUCUUCAUUUGUUGGUAAGCUGCGUAAAGAAGUUUCUAGAACGUAUAUUGUGAGCAACAAUCAUACUCCAAACAAGGCGACGUGGGAUCGUGGUGUCAGUAGAGCUUUGAACAUAAUCAACACAAGCACUUCACCUCUCUUAAAGGUUGUUCUUGCUCGCAGCACCAGAGUUGUUACCAUGGAUGAUAUUGAUCCUAUAAACUGGUUGGCUUCUCUACAGGUAGAAGGGAAAGAUGCUUACCAGUUCUGUCUUCAGCCUCCUGAUGCACCCACAUUUAUAGGCAACACGCCAGAGCAACUAUUCCACAGAAAGGGGUUGGGAAUCAGUAGCGAGGCUUUGGCUGGAACUCGAGCUAGAGGUGGAUCGACUGCUCUAGAUCUUCAGAUUGAAGUGGAUUUGCUCUCAAGCCCGAAAGACGACCGUGAGUUCACAAUUGUGCGAGAUAGCAUAAGUCGAAAACUAGAGGCUGUUUGCAGCGGAAUAGUAAUUGAACCCAGUAAAGCCAUUCGCAAGUUCUCAAGAGUUCAACAUUUGUAUGCCAAAUUGGCAGGCGAGUUAGGAUGUGAAGAUGAUGAGUAUGAUAUUUUGUCUGCACUGCACCCAACUCCAGCAGUUUGUGGAUUCCCAGAGGAAGAAGCAAGGUCUCUGAUCUCAGAAACUGAGGUGUUUGAUCGAGGAAUGUAUGCCGGGCCAGUUGGGUGGUUUGGUGGAGGAGAGAGUGAGUUUGCUGUAGGCAUCAGGUCUGCCUUGGUAAACAAGGGCCUUGACGUGCUUAUCUAUGCUGGCACUGGGAUCGUGGAAGGUAGCGAUCCAUCUCUGGAGUGGGAAGAACUCGAACUGAAGACGUCUCAGUUCACUAAGUUGCUAAGGCUAGAGGUUCCAUCAAGACCAAAAGUUCCAAACUUGAGAAGAAUGGUGUGA